AUGGCGACUUUUGAGUUGACUCAAAAGUCACCUUUGGACUCGCCCUUGUCUGUCAACUCUCACAACACACGCACUCGCCUGGUGGGAGGACAGGUGGACGUGCAUGGCAUGCCGGGGGGAGCCGACACUCCCUCCUGGGUGCGGCUGGCAGCAACAGCAGCAGAGGGAGGAGGAGGAGGAGUCGUGGUGGGAGGACAGGUGGACUUGCAUGGCAUGCCGGGGGGAGCUGACACCCCCUCGUGGGUGCGACUGGCAGCAACAGCAGCAGCGGGGCAGAGGCAGCUGAUUGUUGAAGGGGAUGUGAGGGGGUGGCGCCCAGGCCUCUCUAUUGCUGUUGCUUCUACGAGUACUAACUUUAACGAGGCAGAGAGCCGAGAGAUCGGAUCAGCGACAGCAGCAGCGGGGCAGAGGCAGCUGACUGUUGAGGGCGAUGUGAGGGGGUGGCGCCCGGGGCUCUCUGUUGCUGUUGCUUGCAUCGACCAACACGGAUUUCGAAGAGGCAGAGAGCCGAGAGAUCGAAGCAGUCGCCCUGGUCUCUCCAGCCACCUCCCCCGCAUCACCCUCACAUCACCCCUCGCCCACACGCACGAGGGUACAUCGGUGCCGGAUGGCUUUGGUGGCACGGUGGACAUUCUCGCCCUGGUCUCUCCAGCCACCUACCCCCCCACCUCCCGCAUCACCCUCACAUCACCCCUCGCCCACACGCAUGAGGGUACAUCGGUGCCCGAUGGCUUCGGUGGCAUGGUGGAUAUUCGUGCUGAGGUGGCGCUGCUUGAUAGGCAGAUCGUCAUCCAGGGCACGGACGAGCUUCCUCCUCACCAGUACGACGGGGGCCACUUCGUGGUAUACAUGACUCGCACCCAGGAAGCCAUCGAGGGGAUUCAGUUCCGAGGGCUGGGCAACCAAGGCACCCUUGGCCGCUACUACCCGCUCCACUACACUUCCACGUGUGCAGCCUCUCUCUCAUCUCCUGUCAUCCCGUCCUCUCCCCUUCUCCAGGCUGGCACUUCAUGCCCUCUUUUCCCUGAGCCCUCUUUUCCCUGUUGUCCCCUCUUUCCCCCCUCCUCCCCCCCCUUCCUCUCCCCGCCAACCCCCCCACCCCUACCAGGCGGGCACUUCAUGGUAUACAUGACGCGCACCCCUCAAGCCAUCGAGGGGGUUCAGUUCCGAGGGCUGGGCAACCAAGGCACCCUCGGCCGCUACCCGCUUCACUUCCACGUGUGCAGGCUCCCCGCGGAAAACAACUUCCUUUCCCCUCGUUGUCUUCCUUCCCCCCCCAACAGGCGGGCACUUCAUGGCGGGCACUUCAUGGUCUAUAUGACUCGCACUCCUCAAACCAUCGAGGGGGUUCAGUUCCGCGGACUAGGCAACCAAGGCACGCUCGGGCGCUACCCGCUUCACUUCCACGUGUGCGGGCUCCCCGCGGACGCAUCCCAGCCGCACAUCGUGCGCAAGAACGCGAUCGUGCACUCGAAGCAGCGGUGCAUGGUGAUCCACGCGACCAGCAACAUGAACAUAGAGGAUAAUAUCACCUAUGAGACCAAGGGGCACUGUUACCUGGUGGAGGAGGGGUCGGAGAUGGGGAACGUGUUUCGGAGGAACCUGGGGAUGAGUGUGAGGAAGGUGGAGAAGGAGAUCCCCCCGGAUACAAGUGAUCAGUAUGGGUUCCACACGGACAAGCAGCCGAGCGUGUUCUGGAUGGCCACUCCUUACAAUAGCUUCUAUGGGAACGUUGCUGCUGGGUCCGAGAACAGCGGGCACCUCAAACACCUCACUCACGAUUCCCCGGGACACGACGGACCGCUUCUGGCUGGAGGCCAACCCCACCAUGCGGGGCAUCUCCCCACGUUGAUCUUCUGGCUGGAGGCCAACCCCACCAUGAGGGGCAUCUCCCGCCUGCUGCCUGCCAUCGGCAACAAACGGCCUGACAGGUGGGCGUGGGGGCGUGGGGGUUGUGAGUUUUGUCCGGGCGUGGGGGAAUGUGGCUAUGUGAGCAUGGUAUGUGGGGGUGCGCACCCCACCAUGCGGGGCAUCUCGCGCCUGCUGCCUGCCAUCAGCAACGCCUUUGGGUCGCUCACCCUUGUUAAUCCGUUUUCCUGCUGUCUCACUCACAUCCCUCCCUAUCACAUUGCCCCUGCUUCCUCGCACCCGUUCUCCCACCACCGUGCAUGCAUCUGCAGGUUCAACUGGGGGGACUAUGUGGGCAAUGUUGCCCACUCCUCGCUCUUUGGCUUCCGCACAUACCCCCACGGCUCGUUCAACUGGGGAGAGUAUGUGGGUAAUGUCGCGCACUCCUCGCUCUUUGGCUUCCGCACAUACCCCCACGGGUCGCAGUCCCGCUUCCCCAACUACACUGGCGUGAUUACGUAUCUCAAGGACGCCCUCCUUUAUCGGAACAAGGCUGGCAUCCUCUUUGUCAACACGGAUCGCAUAGUGGUGGAGAACGGUGCAUUUGUGGAGAAUGCGUAUGGGAUGGACAUAAGCCGCAACGGUGGGGUGACAGUCAAGGGGUGCCGCUUCGUGGGCACUCUCCCCUCCACCUGCACUCCGCAAGCUGGGACUGCAGCUCCAGUCCCCAAGCUGGGACUGCAGUUCAAUGCCAAGGCUAUGGCUGCCAUUCGCAGCAGCAGCAGCAGCAGCAGCAGCACCACCACCACCACCACCACCAGCAGCACCAGCAGCAGCAGAAGCAGCAGCAGCGGCGGCAGCACCACGAGCAUGAGCCUCGCCAGCAGCAGUAUUGCCAACAAGAGCAACCAGCCUUCAGCCACAGCUCCUGCCCCUCUCUCUCUUUCUUUCCACGGCCCCACCACAGAGUGGGAACCACCAGGCAUGGCAGAUGCCAUCAAGCCAUGGGCUCAGUUCCUCUAUCCCUUCCCUAGUGACGAUGGGGGAGACUCUGGUGAGGAUGGGGGUGGUGAUUAUGAUGAUUACGGGGAUUAUGGCGGGGGUGCCGGUGGGGAUACCAUCGCUGCUGCUGCUGCUGCUCCUUCUGGCACAGGAAGGCAAAACCGCGAUACGGGACGAUCGUUGCAAGCAGCGCAAGCAGCAGCAGCAGUGGUGGUGCCACAGAAGGAGAUAGGAGACGGGUCGUUUGAGUCGCCCAUUGGAGUCACGCUGAGCCAGAGCAACCCCGCGGACAUCCUGCGACCCUCCUCCGUGGAACAUUCCUUCUUCUCAGGGUACGGCACAUGCACCACUGGUAGCUUCGGCAUUGCUCUUGUGACCAACAAGCCAGGCGGCUACUGGAACACAGCCUUUUUUGUACAGAACAAUUCAUUCGCAUCGGGCAGCAAAAAAUUCUGGGCCACGCCGAACCCGCCUGCCACCACUCCCCCCAGGGGGGGACUCAUAGCCCGCUUCUACGCCCUCAGGGAUCUCGACGGUUCUCUCCUCGGCACGCCGGGCGCCUUUGCAGUCGCCCCCUUCUCCCCCAUACUGCCGCCUGCCACUGUGCGCCCCAGCCUGUGCCAGUACCGGGCUGAGAGUGCUGUGUGGCAGUGCCAGUCGGUGUGCUACAGGGCAGUGGGCGUGUUUUACUAUGAGCCCGGUGUGCGGCCUAACGGGAUGCAGGGUCUACCAGCUAAAGUGCUCCGGCCCUACAGCUACAUCAACAUCACAAGGGAAGAGGAUGGAGAGACCUUCACAGCAUACGGCACGGACAACGACAACCCUGACAGCCCCCCUGCACACCCCAAGCGCACCGCCUACCGUUACGUUACUGCAUCGCUGCUCGCUGGGUACACCUACCGGUUGACGAUCAUCCCUGCCCCCACCAACAGCCUCUUCUACCCAACCUGGGCUCAGCUCUGGUCGUACGACAAGGGCGGCUGUGAGGGGGGCCUGAAGGUCAAGAUGGUGGCGAAAGACCAAAGCACUCAAUGGUUUGCCACCGAUGCUCCCAACCUCCCAUGCUCAGGAGCCCUCAAGUACAAGACCUACAAGGAGUACCUCUGCCCCUCGUCCUCAUCAUCCUCCUCCCCGCCUCUCCUGCAACUCACGGUCGGCGCCACCAGCUACGGCGCACUCGCCACAAUGACGCUCAAUGCAACAUCCCCUUCCUCUUGCUCUGCUGCAUGUUGA